AUGGUACAUUUGAAAGACGAACACUGCACAACCUGUUUGAAGCAGUCGGAGAAGGAAUCGGAGAAGGAAUCGGAGAAUAAGUCGGAGAACAAGCUUGAUAACAAGUCCGAGAACAAAUCUUCAAGAGUCAAGACCCAACCAGUCCAGGAUUUUACGAACUAUUUCGAGUCACUACUACAAAACGUCGCUUGGGCGUCUUCGGACGCGGCGGUCCUCUCCGCCUACCAGCUAAAACUUACGGAACCAAUCCUCGAGCGAAUCUACGAGGCGUCGAAUGGAGCGCUCCCGACCACCUACGCGGAGUUAAAACGUGCGGCCCUGAAUGCGGAGGCGUGGAUUCGGAGCAAAUCCCGCUUGUUCUCUCGCUCUUCGAUGCGCUCCCGAUCUUCCCAGUGGUCGCCCUGUACGCUUGAUGGCACCCAGCGAAAUAUCUCCCUUAUCUUGGGUUCCGACUCCCCAAACAUGCCAGAUGAAUGGUGUCGGAGAGGGACGGACGAAGAGGUGAUAGAAGUAGCCAGUUACCACAGGGACGAAUGGAAUGGACGCCGGAGGAGGACUCGGAUGCUCCGACCUGACCCGCGUCUUUCGGCAGGGCAUGGCCCCGGCAUACCAGACGGCUAUCGAGGAAACCACAAAGAAAAACAUGGAAAUCUUUCGAAACCACGCAAUGCAUUAUUUGAUGAAAUCACUUACUGCAGACGAGACACGAAGAGCCCUAGAAGCUGGGAUCAGACUCGACGGAAUUCCAUCGGGCACGAAGCCGCUCACGUUGAAUCUCGAUAG